AUGUCAGAUGAAGCGUGUCCUCCAGUAAAACAGCAGGAUUUGGUGGCCUGCUGGAACACCGCCCCUUGUUGUGUGGUGGAGCCUAGCUACGUCAUCGACCCGUACGGCUUCGGGUGUUUCCGUGGAUGUGUCAGAAAGUGCUCUAGAAAGAAUUGCAUGAAUCCAUGCGCAGUGAAGAAUUUCAAUCUAGAAGACUGCAUCAACACAGAUCCUAACCAUUGUGACGUCAGCCCUAUCAUGGAAUGGGUCAAAGGCAAGCGUUGCUUCAGUGGCUGCACUAAGUAUUGUGAAUGACAAAAAUUGUUGAUUUUCAAAGCCUCUGGGGUUUUCCCCUGAUAGUGUUCAAAUAAAGAGUGUUUAUUAUGAAA